AGAGCGAAGAGUGGACAGUUUCUCUGCGAGGAGCAUGUGUGUGUUCUUCGACUCUCGUAGAGUCGUACACGAUCGUCGAUCAGUGUGGAGAGUGGAGCGCAGAGUGUCGACGAGAGAGGCGUCACGGCAGUUUGUCGUAAUCUUGUGGUAGCCGUCGAUCGGAGGCGCCGACGCUGGUGGUUGGGUUGGAAAGGUUCAGUUUACGGCAGUUUGGCGCCAUUGAGAACUCAUUGUGAAACGUUUUCGGCGAAGGGAGUUGUUGUAGGGUCGGGAGGAAGAAGAAGAGGUAGGUAGGUUCAUUUGUUUUUGUUGACUGACAGUGUGAGGUGUGUUGCAGGGACGGUUCCAUGUGUGUCGAUGCAGGCCAGCGACGGACUGCCGUCUGCGGAGAUCGCAUCCUAUCUCUCUAAUACUUGCGGUAGGAUAGGAAUGGCCCAGAGACUUGGGUGGGUGGGUUUAAAGGGGGUUGUAGCCUUAUAGGUAUAUCUAGGGAUCAUGUAAGGCGAAGUGAGUUUACCGCAGAGCAGGUGCUGAAGUGUAGCAGUGUAGCAGCGGGAGCGGACACUUCAGUCUGUAUCGAGAAGCAAAACUCGAUCAACGAAGGGUGAAGGAGAGAGGCUGUUUUGGUAGUUCUGGUGGGGGUGGGGGGCACAGAGACACAGAGAGAGAGAGAGAAAGAGAGAGAGAGAGAGAGAGAGAGAGAGAGAGAGAGAGAGAGAGAGAGAUGGCGAGCCACCCAAAAGAAGGGGCAUCAAGUCAACCUGGUGCGGGAGCGGAGAGUGAUCGUGGGGGAUAUGUAUCUCCUGGGUAUUAUGCACCUCCGAUGAUGCCGGCUUACGGCUCAGGAGUGUACGUCAUCACUUUCCCGAUCAGACCUCUGCUUGGGGAGAUAUCCGAAGUUCAUUUAGAGAGAGUGACGAAGUGGUUCGCUCUCUAUGGUGUCCUAUUCUCCGUCCUUGGUAUCGCGGCGAUGGUCUUUCCAAGCAUCUUUACGUUAGCAAUCGAGCAGCUGAUCGGAUGGCUGUUAGUGAUUGUUGGUUUGACAGCUGUCAUCAAUGGUUUCCUGGUUUGUGGUGCACCUGGUACUUCCUCCUUCCUCUUGGUUGGUGCUCUCCAUCUUGUGGUCGGGCUCUGGAUUUUGAUUGAGCCCGUUGUGGGGAUCGUUGCGUUGACUCUCAUGUUGACCGGCUGGUUCUUGGCGCACGGGAUUCUCAAGUUGCUGGCCGCCUGGCAGCUGCGCAAUUUGUCCACGUGGCCUGCCGUCCUCGUCAGCGGUAUUCUCUCGAUUAUCUUCGCGUUGAUGGUUUUCGCUAUGUUCCCUGGCAGCGCCGCGUGGCUCUUGGGACUUGUGUUUGGCGUCGACCUCUUAAUCACAGCGGACAUACGCAGCGGAGGCGCGUCAGCCAUUCCUACCGAAUUCUCGAACGCUUGCGUGAGUGGAGGCGGCACGUGCGUGGUUCAGCACCCUGCGGGCCUGCGCCGCUUGAUGGAGGCGGCACGUGCGUGGUUCAGCACCCUGGGCAUUGAGUGGAGACGGGGCACGUGCGUGGUUCAGCGGCACCCUGGACCUUCGCUCCACUACUCACGGCAUGCACGUACGAAGACGAAAACCAUGGCAGUGUAUCUCCUAUGUUCCAGCGGAAGAUUCACUCGCAUUUUGUACAUUUGCAGACGCAGUGGAGUGAUGCCCCGUGUAUUGCGACCGGCGUGUCAGCUGUGGUGUACCCAUGUCAUGUCCUUGUUGGGACAUCAGUCGAAAGUGGAACCAGUCCCAGAAGUUGGAACCAGUGACGUGUGAGAGGAAAUCUGGGCUAGGUUCUGUGCUAUUUAGCGUCAACCUGGUCGGACAUAUGUUUGCGGAAGCAAGGCAGCCUCAGCAGUUGUUAACGUCGUCAAUAGGUGUUCGUUUUGUUCGAUUUGUCAUUACGCUAUUUUGCCCAUUUGGUAAUGAAAAAUCAGAUUUUCGUUGUUCUGGAGAGAGAGACCUGCUUCAGUGAAAUCUGGCUCGAGUCGUGAACAACAGGCGAUAGUCGGUGGGAGUCUAAGCAGGGGAUCGUGGGUGGUACUGGGCAGUGGGCAGCACUAGAUCCUGUCCAGGAGUGUACUUGGAAAUUUCAUGGUCAAAGAUUCCUCUGACGUCGGGAUUGCAACGAGACUUGUGAGGGCCUGAGAGGCGCGUGCGUGAGAGUUAUCUGGGUAGGUGUGAGGUGUCUCUUUUGUGCACGUGUGAGAGGGCGUGAGGUGCACGUCUGACAGCUGUCCUGUGUAGCCGUGAGAGCUGCGCUGUGUGCGUGAGGGAGCAGCUGUCCUGUGUACGUGUGAGGUGUUAAGAGUUCCGCCGAACCGUAAUUUUCAUGCAUGCAUGCGUGGGACUACUGGCGCGCGAGAUGGGUGUGUUUGGUGGAACUGUGAUACGCAAGGUGCCUGAAUGGAGAGUAGGAGAGAGUAGGAGAGAGUAGGAGAGGCGUCUGUGUCCGUGUGAGAAUAGCAGUCCCAUGUACGUGUGAGAGCUGUGCCGAUUCUGACGAACCGUAAUUUGCAUACUUGGGGAGUACGUGAUGCGUGUGUUUGGUGGAACUGUGUUACGUAAGGGCUCCAUAUGUCUGGAGAGUAGGAGUAGGAGGCCCUCGAGGCCAAAUGUUAGGGUUUGACGCUCAGUACGAGACGGUGAAUUAGCCGCGAAAUGUUAGCAUUUGACGUUCGGUCUCAUAUGUUCAAUUCGCCGUUCAGUAUGCGGUGGGGUCAGUUAGCGGUUUAGUAUGAGAUGGUGAAGUAGCCGAAGAUCAUCGGAAGAUGGUCAUUGUAAUUGAGAGCAUGUGUGUAGUUUUGUCGAUCGUGGCGCGCAGGCGUCAGCAGUUCAAUGGGGACUGUCGACAUGUCUUUAGAGUAUUGUGAUGACGAAUGAUGGACUAUCAAAAUUAACCUACUUUUAAACUUCUUGGACUCAGCAGCGCGGAUACAUAGUCUAAUUGGUCUAAUUGGCCUUGGCCUCUGAUUUGUAUUGGUCUUUUGUUGACCUGGCACGGCGUUCGCAGGUGUCCAUGGGGACUGUUCAUAUGUCUACUGGAGUACUGUGACGGCGAAUAAUAGACCGUCAAAAUUCGCAUUCGUUACAAGUCUUUGGACUUGGCAGCGUGGAUUUACAGUCUAAUUGGACCUUGGUCCUUGGUUUGCGUGGGUAGGUACCCGCCCCCCUCCCUUGUUCUCUGGGAGUUCCGAGGAGGGCUGGAGUGUGGAGUACCCAGGAUGAUGGAAUAGCUGAGGUGGGCUGGACUUACGGAGUUCGCAGGAUCAUGUACAGCUAUUAUAUAGGUGGGUGGCCAAAUGUAGAGUGACGUAACACAGGUAACUACGGGGGUGGGUGCACCUGGCCAAGUGUAGAGUGAAGUAACACAGGUAACUACAAGGGUGGGUGCACCUUUGCGGUGAUGUGAAUAAAUCGAGGAGAGCUGGAGUACGGAGGUAUAUAGGUGGGUGGCUAGGCGUAGAGUGAAGUAACACAGGUAACUACGAGGGUGCACCUGUGCGGUCAUGUGAAUAAAUCGAGGGGGGCUGGAGUACGGAGUACGCAGGGUAAUGACGAGGGGGGGGGGGUACCUGGGUGGUCAUGCGAAUGAAAGUUGAGUGUUUAAGUAGGUUAUUUUCGCACCGUUAUUUCUUUCUUGUUUGGGAUAAAGUCUCGAGGAGGUUGAUGCUGCUUGGUCCUUGGCGGCGCUUUCACCUACACGCGAGCGGACACCUUCAGACUAUGCGUAUGCCUGCGUGAACGGAGUUUGGGUUCGACUUGGAUCUUCACUUGAAUCCCUUCUAGGGCAUAUAGUCACACGAGAACUUUGCUGUAGGGCAUAUAGUCACGCUAGCACUUUUUAGGUGUAUCUGGCUGCAAUUACGGUCAGUCCGAAAUGCAUCUGACCGCAAUCACGAGUAGAGCUGAGUGCAGCAAGUCGUAGUGUGGGAUGGCCUCUAGUGGGUGGGGCGUCUGACCUCUGUCCUGGUCAGAUUUCAGCUUCGGAUUUCUAGUGGGCAGGCCUCGUUCGCAUUUGAGUGGUCGACUGUAUCGAUCGCAUUUGAGUGAUAGACUGGAUUCGAUAUGUAGUCAGAGCUGUUUUUUCGUUUUUCGGGGUAUGAAAAUCGAUGGAGUAGAAAGCGUCUGACCUCUGUCCUGGUCAGAUUUAGCUUCGGAUUUCUAGUGGGUAGGCGUCGACGCCUCGUUCGUCCUGGUCAGAUUUCAGCUUCGGAUUUCUAGUGGGUAGGCCUCGACGCCUCGUUCGCAUUUGAGUGGUUGACUGGCUCGAUAUCUAGUCAGAGCUGUUUUUUCGUUUUUCAGGGUAUGAAAAUCGAUGGAGUGGAAACAUGUAAGCUCCCUUGGACCGAGGGGGGGGGAAAAAAAGUGAAAAAAAAGGGAUCGAUGGAGUGGAGAUUUGGAAGGAGGUUGACCUAUCAUAUGUGCUUAAGAUUUGGAAGGAGGUUGACCUAUCAUACGGUAGCAAACGGGAAACAAUUAAAAAAAAACUGUGGAAGUUGGUUGUUGGGCUUAUGAUGAGUAAUCUGUGGGCAUAAUUGCGGUUAAGUGGACGCACGCCUGGUCCAAAAAGCGGUCAUAUACAUUCAUGAAAUUCGUAGUGUGAGAGUCCUGAGUUUCGAUUUAUAGUAUUUGAUGGACAUGUUAAUGAUGUUUUCUUUCUGAGGAUGGAAAAAGAAGGGAGAAGGUUUUACCUACCUGACGUGAUGCCUAAUUAUAGAUUGGUAAGGAAGGCAUGUGAACGUAUAUUCCCGCUCUCCAUGGAAAAAAAAAAAAAAGAAGAAGGCUGAGUGGGAGGGUUGGCAUUCGUGCUUGAAAUGGGGUUCUCUCCUUUUGUUUGUCAUUAUGGGCGUUGCUGGGCGUUGCUCCGCCACAUAGCAUACUGAAUGUAUGCGGCCCUGCUAUAGGUCUGAUAUAUUUUGAAGUCCAAAUGAAUCUGGUCAAAUGGC